AUGAUCUUACUGAAGAAUUAAAACCCAGAAGGGCCAACAGAUCUUUAGGAAACAGGCGGCUGGAGGAGCAAAUGGAGUCAGAAUGAAUCUACGUACGAUGCUGUGUACUGAUGGAACCACCGUCCUCAACUGCUGGCUCAUGUACGACCGGGGAUGGACAGCUGGGUGACCGAUUUCAGGAAGUUUUCUGCUGCAGCUGUCAGAGGAGGUGAUUGUAGAACCAGUGAUGGAAACACCAGAAGUCAGCUCACUUUACCAGAGGGAAGUCCAGUUCUCCUCCGCUCCCCUGGUCAACUUCUCGUCGACACACCACUUCACUUCACAUUAUUUUGGACUGGAUACGACAAGCAGCCAGAAAAGACAUGGCUUUCCUGCACAGAGCUUUUCUGCCGCUCUUCCUUCACGUGUGUCUCCUCAACUGGAGCGCGUGGGCCAAGGUGGAGCUGACUAUGCGUGAGAGUGUCGAGGUGUACCAGGGUGACUCGGCUCAGAUCCCCUGCCAAUACAGCUUCACUGAUGCCAACAAUGAGCCCAGCUUUGUCAUGAUCCAGUGGUUUGUGCGAGCCGUAGGGAGCAGCUCACGGAUACGGAUCUUCUACGGGGACAACAAAAAUCAGCAGAUGGUGGAUAACAACACUGACUACAGCGGUCGGAUCGAGGUGACUUCAGACCAGCUGGGAACUCAGCUCAACAUUCAGGAUGUGCAGCUCUCCGACGAGAGGGAAUUCUUCUGCCAGGUUAACGGGCUGGCUGCCGGGAACGCUGAGGGCAAGACCCACCUCAGAGUGUUUGCUCCUCCACAGCCUCCAGUGAUCGAGGGUGUCCUGACAGGAAUAUCAGUGACCAAUGAGAUGCCAUCUAAGGUUGCAUCAUGCGAGGCUCGGAACGGCUUCCCUAAACCCAAUAUCACCUGGUACAGGAACAACAUGCCACUGAUGUCUACACCAGGACAUGUGAACGUGUUGAUCCUGUCGACCCGGGAGUCCAGCGGCUUCUAUUCUGUCCAGAGCACACUAGAGUACAAGGUGGUUAAAGAGGACAAAGAUGCCCAAUUCUCCUGUGAGGUCAGCUUCUUUGUCCCAGCAGCCAUCAGGACGGUCGAGUCCAGCAGUGUCAACAUCACUGUCCACUACCCCACCACCAUGGUGGAGCUGUGGAAGGAGUCGCCCCAGGGUCUGGUCAAAGAGGGGGAUAUGGUGGAGCUGCGUUGCCAGGGUGAUGGCAACCCCCCGCCGCCCUUCACUUUCAACAGAGAACAAGAGCUGGAUGUGGACUUGGAGAGCCGCGGUGAUGUAUUGAUCCUGUCACCAGUGUCACGCAAGGACAGCGGCAUCUACCAGUGUCGCCCCCUGGACGCCGACGGCUACACUGAGGUCAAAGGAGAGAUGCAGCUCACCGUGCACUAUUUGGACCCAGCUGUAGUGGUGCCUAAAGAGUCAGAAGUCAUGCUCAAAGGAGAAGAUCUGACUGCGACCUGCAACGCUCUGUCCUCCCUGAAGACAUCCACAGUCUGGUACAAGGAUGGGCAGCAGGUGGGUGAGGGAAACACAUUACACCUGAAGGAUGCCACCUAUGAGACAACAGGAGAGUACGUUUGUGAGGUGACCGUUCCCUCCCUGCCUGCCCUGCACACCAGCGGCUCCGUUCACAUCAUCGUUCAAGGUGGUCCCCAGCUGGUGGGAGUGGAGCAGGAGGUGCAGCUGGAGGAGGCAGUCGGCAGGAUGGUGAACCUGAGCUGUGAGGCUCGGGGUCAUCCACUUCCAAGCGUCACAUGGAACAUCAUCGGCAGCCAGAACUGGCAGGAGGUGGUGAGCAAAGCAAGCGAGCUCGUGGCUCACAGCGUGGUGUCGGUGAAAGUCACCUCGGACAUCAGCGCUCUGUGCAACGCUUCCAAUGACAUGGGCACCGAAGUGAAGGUCUUCAGCAUCAAAGCCAUUCCCCGGCUCACUUCUACUGCUCCCUUCUCUCCCGCUGAGGGCAGCGGGGUGAUCAUCGUGGUGAUCAUACUGUGCCUGCUGCUGCUGGCCAUCCUCGGCAGCGUUCUCUACUUCCUGCACAAGAAGGGGAAGAUCCCCUGUGGACGCUCAGGGAAACAGGAGAUCACCAAAGAGAAGACCACCAAAGAUGACAUUGUCGUGGAGAUGAAAACCAACACAAAGAAUGAGGAAGCAGUCCUCCUAAAGGCUGUCAACGGAGACAAAAAGGGCCCCAGUGAGCAGUAAAGUCCCCCAGAUGGUCCAGCAGUGACGUCCUGCAGCAGGAGGACACAUGAUGCCAGCAGUCAGUGUGAGUGUGUGUGUGUGCAUGUGUAUGUGUGUGCGUGCUGGAGCACUGAUCUGAGACCUGCAGAGUGACACCACCUCACAGUCCGGACUUUUCUCCAUCGGCAGUAUUUACUAGAUUUACACACACACACACACGCAUAAACACACACAGAGGUAUGUGUGUACAGAUGUGUAUUUCCUUUUGAACAAAUGUUGUUUGCUUCCUCAGUUUCUCAGUUUGUUUUUGUACCGUUUCCUCAAACUGUGUUCAGCUCUCGGCUGUUGUUCGGUGUGCGUUCGAUGUGUCUCACGCAUCAUCACCUUUCUUUUUUUUGUUUUUUUAUGAAAGUGUAUAUAUUAUAUAUAUUUUGUUAUUUAAGAUAUUUUGGCACUCAGAUUUUCAUUUCAUGGUAGCGUCUGGGUCAUGUGCAUGUUGAUCCGUGUUCAUGGGUCCAGGUGAGUUUCGGGACAGAAUAUGAUGUCAGAGACCAAACGCUAGCUGCUGCUCGUCUCAUGGCAGCUCUUUACAGUCACACUGAGAGAGGGCUGGUCGGAGUGUUUGCCUCUGUUUGACUUUCGAUUCAGUAGUUUUAGGAAUUGAUGUUGAAAUUUACCAAAAAAGUGAUGGAUACCGAGGCGUUUCGUCCAGAAUCUUUUGAUCUGAUCGAACACAGGCUAAUCAUAAUAAUCUGUUAUCAAUCACACACACUGGCAGCCUUCUUCUGCAAACUGCUGAUAAGCCCUUGUACUGUUUGUAAAUACGUGUAGUGUACAGACCUGCUAGUGGUGGCCUUGGACUGUUACUGAAGGUGAAAAAGGUCAAAGUUUAGUGAUCUGCUGUGCCUGUUUUUGAGAAUGCAUCACACACUGAAUUUGUUUUAUUUUGUUUGUUUCUUGGGUUUGCUCUGUGUGUUUUUCUUUGUUUCCACCGAGAGAUAGUCGGGCCUCAACAAGUGUUCCUGCAUGUUUAGCGUGUUUACUGAAAUUUUUUAUUUUUUUAAACCUUCUAGGCAGCCAAACAUUUCUGUGCCAUGUGAGAAUCAACUGGCAGACCAUUGAAACUUGCUUUACUUGGAUAAUUCAUCACAGGGAAAACUUUGGUUUGACGGAAUAUUUCAAGUGUGAUCUGCAUUACAUGAACAUUUAACAACAAUGAAAGUAGACGUGGAUGUUCGUCUCUGUGAUGGAUUAACACAUAAAAAAGUAUUUUUCUUUUAAAACACGGGAGAUUAAUGUAAAGCAAUGGCUGUGUGUCUCUGUGUAUUAUCACUGCAUUCACAUGAUGACGCUAAGAAUCUGGACAUUUUCUCUGAAGAAGAGAAAUCCGUGUCCAGCCAUGAAAAUCUUCACGGUCAAAAAAAUAUUCACUCCACUGUAUUUUUAAGAUGCAACCGUAACGGUAUCCAGAAAUUACAUCAUCCGUCAUCUUGCCAGAAGUUUUACCCAAAUGUUUUAUUCGGAUUCCAUUAGCUUCCACACAGUUUCCCAGACUCUUGCUUGGGUCCAAAUCACUUUGACCAUUAGCUAGCUAGCUCUUUAAAAGAGUUAAAAAAUCUUUUUUUUCUUAUCCACAAGACAAGAAGCAGUUCAUGUUUUUAGAUGACCCCCUGGAUUUUAUAUUUGGAUGUAAUGAUAAUAGAUAGAAGGCACAACUUGAAGUAAAUAUGCUUAAACAUGCAGCUUCACUGGUACGCUCCUUCUAGAGGCCUGUGUUGUGAAUAUUGUGUACUGAUUGCUCACUGUGUAGGUUAUUGUGAAAAGAUACCUUUCUUUUUUUGUUGCUGCAAGCGCUACAUUGCCCAGAUGACUUGCAACAUUAACAACGUAGUGACAUGUUUUCCUUUGUUUUCCACUGAGUUGAAGCAUUGAAGUUGUAGAAAGUAUCCAGGUACAGGACGUCCUCAGGCAACAAGUGUCCUCGUGUGCGAUGUGACACCGUCGUUGUGGUUUAGAGAAGCUGCAGGAAGCCAUAACACCACCCGUCUCUGUUAUGCAGCCGGAUAUUUCUGAUUUGAUCGCUAAGUCUUUUCAGUUCAACUUUAAAUAAGACAUUUUUCAGUUUAUAGUUCUGGAUUUUCAUCAGUGGGAAAACAAGUUUGAAGCAUUGCAAUUAUGUUCUUUUUUUCUAAAUGUGUGUAAAUUAAAGUACUGUACAUGUGAUUCUUUGAUGCUUGCGUUUUUUAAUAUUUUUUGCAAGAAAAUAAUGCCAAAUAAAAAUGUGUCAUUUAAAGAGA